CUUUCGUCUCUUUUUGUCUUCAUCCCUUUCUCCCUCUAUUCUUACUCUUCUUUGUCCUCUCCAUCCCUCUCUCCCCCCUCCUCCUCCCCUUUUCAUUCCCUCUGGCUCUGUUCAGAACAGAGCCUUGGAGCUCCAGGUCUACUGGUGCUGCUCAAUAUCCUCACAUCUUCCACAUUCUAAGCUAAUUGUCUCUCUUUUCCUGCCACGAAACCCACCUUUGUUUAUCCUUCUCCCCUAUCCCAUGUUGCUGUAGUGCCACAAUGGGUAUUGCAUCAAAUGCUUUAUACUUCCUUUUCCACCCCUUCCAAUUGCGGUCAAUAAUACAAUGGAAAGUUUGGCACAAUCCUGUUCAUGAGCGAGAUGAGAAAAAUGAAACAGAAACGCUGAAGAAAUGCUUCGAGUUUCUCGACCUUACGAGUCGAAGUUUCAGUGCAGUCAUCAAAGAACUGCAUCCGGAACUGCUCGUUCCCGUUUGCAUCUUCUAUCUGACUCUUCGGGGCUUGGACACCAUCGAGGAUGAUACUUCCAUCCCUCUGAAAACAAAGGAGCCCCUCCUCCGAAAUUUCCAGGAUUUCCUUGAGAAAGAUGGCUGGACCUUCAAUGGGAAUAGACCGGAGGAAAAAGACCGUGAACUGCUGGUUCAGUUCAAUAAUGUCAUUACUGAGUUCAAGAAGUUGAAACCGGCCUACAAGGCCAUUAUCAAGGAUAUCACGGAGAAGAUGGGCAACGGGAUGGCCGACUACUGUAGCAAAGCCGAGUCUGGGGAUGCCUCCGUGAAGACUGUUGAGGCAUAUGACCUCUACUGUUAUUACGUUGCUGGUCUGGUCGGUGAUGGUCUGACACGCCUCUUUGUGGAGGCCAAGUUUGGAAACCCUGCCCUGCUCAAGCGCCCUGAUCUGCACAAGUCCAUGGGUCUCUUUCUGCAGAAGACAAACAUCAUUCGCGACGUCCGGGAAGACUUUGAUGACAACCGUCGUUUCUGGCCCACGGAGAUCUGGUCCAAGCAUGUUGAUCAGUUUGAGGAUCUCUUUAAACCUGAACACCGCGAGGCUGCGUUGAAUUGUAGUUCUGAGAUGGUUUUGAACGCCCUCGAGCACGUGAAUGAGUGUCUGUUCUAUCUGGCUGGCCUCCGUGAGCAGAGCGUAUUCAACUUCUGUGCUAUUCCCCAGUCUAUGGCCAUUGCUACGUUGGAACUUUGCUUCCGCAAUCCUGUCAUGUUUGAGCGCAACAUCAAGAUCACUAAGGGUGAUGCCUGCCAAUUGAUGAUUGAAUCAACCCAGAAUUUGCAGGUCGUAUCCGUUGCUUUUCGCCGGUACAUCCGUCGGAUCCAUAAGAAGAAUACCCCCAAGGAUCCGAACUUCCUUCGGAUCAGCAUUGUCUGCGGCCAGAUUGAGAAGUGGAUCGAGACAUUGUUCCCCUCUCAGACAGCGGAAGAAGCGCAACGUCGCGUGAAGGGCCAGAAGUCUGAAGCUGACGAGGCUGCCGCAAAGGAGAGCGCUGAGGCGCGUAGCGAUGUGUUUUUCGUCCUUUUUGUGAACUUGAUCAUCCUCGCCUUUAUAACCUCAAUAAUGGUUGGUCUUGCUUGGUACAUGGGUGCUCGCUUCGACCUUGUAUGGCAGGAACUGAAGAACGGCCACUUCCUCCCCCCGAAGCAAAUUGGGCAUGAAGAACUCUAACCUGUUACGUCCACGGAGUUAUGACCUUAACUGUCUCAUCUAGUACAUUGUUGUAAUUAUGCGCAGCGGGCCCUGAUCCGGCAUGUCUGCGGAGAAUAAUCUAAUUUAAUAUGAUUCCCCAUCACACCGUCGGCCCCCGGUUCUCGUCGGAUUCCUGUUCUAGCACGGAUGUCAAAUUGCAAUCCAGCCUUUCCAUGACUGUGGUUGUGCCGAAGAAGUGCUUAUAUUGAAACGAAGUUUCGACUUUUGACCAGCGACGUACUAGAUGUGUGUCCUAUCGUGUCCAUCGGAUGCGGAGGUGGCAUACAUCCAUUGAAGACCUGGGACAUGCUUUUUGGUAGUUAUCAAUCUAUUUACAUACACUGAUCUUUUCGUCGUGUUCCUUUUUUAGAACCUAGGCUACUCUGUGUACCGCAUAUCCAUAUGACUGUAUCUAUUUUCUCUGCAUAGUUACUGGCUGCAUCCUUAUUAAUAACACCACAGCCAAUAGAACAGGGCGCACAGCCCUUGCUUACGUACAAGCAUGCGGUGAGGCCGAACCAUGGCCCUUCAGCCUUCGACGUUUGGGGGACUUGAAUCUGCUACAUCUCUAGAAUAAUCAGUGAGACAUAGUCAGAAAAAUAGCCUGCUAACAGUUUCAGGAGAGUUCAAUCUAUCACCUCUCCUCCACGGAUACAGC